GGUGCGUAUUUUCAUCGUUCGCGUAGAAUUCGUGCGUAAAGUGAGACCAUAAUCGGUUCAACAAGAAUCUGCAUUCCGGCUUCCAAUUCCCGGACCGUGAGGGAUCUGGAACGGCGGAUACACGGGCAGAUGAGCAGAAGCAGUAGUAGUGGUAUGGCCGAAAACACGGUCUCCAGCAAUCUGCCGCCGUCGUCAGCCCAGUCAAAGGUCACGGUUGGUGGGAGCGGUGCCACGGCGGGUGGAACAGGCGGAAUGCAUCAUCAUCACCAUCUUCAUCAUCAUCACCACCACAAUCACCAUAAAUCGAUGGACAUGGGCGGAACGGGCAAGGCGGGAGGUGGCGGAAGUAAACAUCACACUAAUGUAAUUCACCGGACUACGAGUGAAAGUUUACGACUGGGUGGUGGAGGAGGUGCGGGCGGCUCAGCAAUGAACAACAGUGUUGGCGGUAGCGGUGGUGGUGGCGGAACAACGAUCGGUACUGGAGGCGGUGGAACCGGGAACAUGGGAAGCAGUGAAAACUCUGUCAGCAGUAGUAUGCUAAAUUCGUCCUCAUCGGCGAACAGUAUUUCGCGGAAGAGUGCCAGCUCGUCGGCAAGCGGUGGUGGUGGUGGUGGUGGUGGAGGCGUUGGCGCCAGUCAUGGUGGAGCAGGUGGUGGAAUUGGUGGUGCUACUGGUGCGGGUGGCAAAACGUCCUCCUUUACGAUCACAUCGGUGAUCGUCGGUCCUGGAAAGCACAGUGCGGACAAUGGGGACGAUUCGGCGGACGAUCUGGACGAGUCACACACCGAUGACAAUAGCCGGAUUACGGACUUUGAGAAUGAAACGCCCAGCUUUUCGGAGGAUACGUUUAGCAAGGAGGAUGUUUUCUUUACGAACGCGAUCGGAAGUGUGCCAGUCAUUCCGACAAGUUCGCAAUACGGGUUGGCGAUCGUAGCGCCGAAUGAUCGAACGCACGGUGGUGAAGUGCUGGCAGAUGCGAUGCACGUCAGCGUUACAGACGGCGGCAUUAACAUAAUGGGGCACGGCAAGGGUGAAAUGAGCGACGGGAAGGAACUGCACCAUCGGAACGAACGGUUUAAGGUGGUUAAAAUUGAAAGUACCGAGCCGUUCAAGCGUGGCCGGUGGGUGUGUAUGGAUUAUCUCGAUCAUACAACGUUGCAGCAGCCGAAGGAAAUCUCUACCGGUGCAGAGGGAAACGAUGCAGGCGGUGGUACCAAUGCAUCUGUCACGACACAGGACAGUGGAGUGGGCUUGAACGAUAACGCUAGUUUCGCACCGUCGGACGGUACGGCCACUGGCGAGAUGGGCAGUGUGGACUACCAUCCGAAUGCGGUCAGCUCGUCUCCAGUUGUGGUAGGUAGUUCCGUGGCCACAUCGACGUCGACCAACACCGCUUCUAAUGUGAGCAGUGUCGUACUCGGAAUGCUAAACAACGAAUCUCCCGGACAGAGUCUAAAUCUUCCGCUUGCUGGUGGCAACUCGGUUGGAGCUGCCGGAACUGCCGGAAACGCUACUAGUCACGUUCAGUCUAACGCAACCGGCCCAGGCACCGGCACUGUUGGUGGGGCCGGAAUACCGCACAGUUUACCUCAGUCGCAGCUUCAGAACGCGCUGGCGGGCCAGCAACAGCAGCAACAAAACGCAGCAUACUCGCAAGCACAGCAAGGACAAUCCCAAUACUAUCCCCACACGAUGACGAAUCUGGCCGACCUGAAUCAGCCGCAAGCACAUCAACACCAUCAACACGGUGCUACUCUUCCAAGCAACAUGCAAAUCCACCCCCAACAGCCUCCUCCCCAGCAGCAGCAGCAGCAGCAGCAACAACAGCAGCAACAGGCCAAUAACACCUCUGUCCCUUCCAACAACAUUCUUCCGCCACUGGUCGCGCCCAUCCCAACAUCACAGGAGAUGAACAUUAUCAUCAACAAUCCGACCAUCCAAUCGAGCUUCCCAUCGCCCCACCAGCAAUUUAAACCACAGCAACCACCGCAGCAAACAGCCUCUCAAACGAACUCGCCCGUCGUCGUACCCACGUCCCUGAUCGACAACAACACCAUCCCUGGCGUUCCCGGGGAAAGCGUUCCUCUGAACGGCGGUGCCAACGCCGGUACGAAUAUCCUUUCCCCAUCCGCCGGUGCGGCAAAUGCAGUUUCUGUCCUUGCGACAGCCGGUGGCGUAAGUGCACACGAUACAGCUGGCUCUGUAUCGAUCGCCUCGGAUCCGCUGAUGAAUUCCUCGCCGUCGGCCACCUCAUCCCCGGUGACCUCAUCCGGUCAGCUAAUUCCCCAAUCGACUACGUUUGCACCUCCGCCAGGUGCCGGUGCUUCUGCCGCGUCCAUCGGUGAUCCUGCUUCCUCUGCACAAAACACGGCAGCACCCAAUUCCGUUACUGUCGGCAGCAACAGUGCCGCGGUGGGUGGUGCCACCACGACGAAUGGUACCGUCGCGGCCGGAUCUCCGUCGUCCAACGGUGCUAUCGGCGCAACUAACGCGAUCACUGUAGCGACAGGGUCUGGAAAUACGGCAGCGGAUCAGCUGUCGUCGGAAGCGAAACUACUGUCCGCUGUUUCUGGCGUUACGACCGGAACUGGGGCCGGUGAUGGCGAGGACCCUGAAAAGGUCAACGCUGAAGAUGGUGAAAGCAACAGCGGGUUGCAGACGCAGCAGCAGUCGCACCAACUGCAGUCGCUGGCUUCUGCACAGCAACAGCAGCAGCAGCAACAAUUAAACGCAAAUCUUUUCCCUGAAGCGAACGCGUCGAACGAAAGCUUCCAAAAUGCUUCCCUAGACAGGGGCCGUAAUAUGGCAGCUCUGCCACCGCAGAUAGCUAAGCCGCCUCAGCAAAUGCCGCAACAACAGUCGCAACAGUAUCAACAGUUUCAUGCUCCGCUGUACAACGAUAAUGGAGAGAAGCUAUCGAAAGCAUACUCACUACCACCGUCCAUGAGUGCCGCGGCAAAGGAAUCGCUUCGGAAGGAACUUGCCCAAAGUCGUCUAGAGCAGCAGCAGCAGCAGCAGCAGCACGCACGCAAAUUUCAACCUGUUGCACGCGCUUUCAAUGUUGUUACUUCUAGCAGCACAGCCGGGACGCCCAAUUCAAACAGCGCAUCGGACGUACCGAGUCAGGGCAACACCAGCAACGUAUAUACUGAUAUUGCACUCGGCAAAAGCAUCCAAAACCUCAUGAAACCGACACCUAUAUUAGCGACGGCAGUGGCCAAUCGCUUGGCCGGCGGAUCGUUGACUCGUUCGAUCGGUUCUCUUGGGCCUUGUCGGGAGCUGCCAGAAGGACAGGAAGGAACGGGCUAUUGUCGAGCGGCUAGCAGCCUCCUGGGCAAUUUUACCGGCAGCAACAGCGUGAGCGCGUGCACGGCAACGCAUCCGCACCGUUGUGUGCAAGAUUUGAUCAAAGAGGAGCUGGGCGGCAAUCGGCUAAGCAAAGCAGGAAGCAUGAUUAAUAUGAGCACCGAUUCGGAUCUGUUCAGUGGUGGCGGUUCCCAGUCGCAUCCUGCCUCGGGUCGCUCGAGUCCAGCAUUCAUGCAUGGCACAACACCGGUUGGUAGUCCACCGCGAUUCCUGAACACGCUCGGCCCUUCGUAUAGUGGUGGUGGAGGAAGUGCCCGCGUUAGCAGAGCUCCCUCGCCUUCCGUUCUUCAUCCAAGCGCUGGUGGCGAACACGCAAGUGCUUCGGGAACAAGUGCGGUCGCCAUCGAUAACAAAAUCGAGCAAGCAAUGGAUCUGGUCAAAUCGCACCUUAUGUUUGCCGUUCGCGAAGAAGUUGAAGUACUAAAGGAAAGGAUAUCGGAGCUGAUGGAUCGCAUUAACCAGCUCGAGUACGAGAACAACAUUCUGAAAGCGAACGCAUCGCAGGAAACACUAGCGCAACUGACUACCGGUGGUAGUAGCGUGGCAGCAGCAGCGGCAGUCGCAGCAGCUGCCGCGGCAGCAGCAGCAGCUCAGCAGCAGCAGCAGCAGCAGGUCACAACCGCCUCCACCACCAACGCCGGUUCCACCAAAGUACCAACCUCCUCGGCUAACCCUGCCAACGGUUCUGUUUCCUAAGCUUAGCGUUCCAAAACAGCCGUUAGACGUACACUUGACAUAAAGACUAUUAUUACUACUACUACUACUACUAUUACUACUAACCGAAGCAAGUAGCAUCAUCACUGAAAGCAUCAAUGCAUGCGUGUAUAGAAGCCCCAGAUAUUUCGCGUUAGGGGGGAGUCCAUGCUCCGUAC